AUGGCUCAUGAGCCCAAUAACAACACAACCAGCCAAGGGCCGAUAGUAGUUUACCGCUGCGAUAAUUGCCGUAAACUCUUCUCGUCAUGCCAGGCCUUAGCGGGACACCAACACCUUCAUAAGGUUCAAGGGACUUGGGUAAAAGGUCACCACCACAAGUUUCUCUUGCCACCUCAUUAUCUCCCCGACCUUAACCGUUUCAUUGCUCGUAACAACAAGUCUAUCACCGUACGCAACGGUGGUCGGGGCAAGCCGCGAACGUUCUUUGAACCGCAGCCGAUGGUGCAGGAGCCUCUUGCUGUUGCACCUGCACCUGCAGUCGCUACUUCUUUGCUUGCUCAGGCACCGGCCCCGGCACCGGCCCCUGUCGUCCCCCAUCGUGGUAGGUCACAGUCAAUUAUUCAAGCGCAGCCGAUGAUGCAGGUGCCUCUUGCUGCUGCACCUGCACCCGCCACUCCUUUGCUUGCUCAGGCCUCAGCCCUACCUCUUGUUGUUGCACCUGCACCUGCCGCUCCUUUGCUUGCUCAGGCCCCAGCCCCUGCCCCUGUCGCCCGCCCUCGUUGCAGGCCACGGUCAAUUAUUCUACCGCAGCCGAUGGUGCAGGCACCUCUUGCUGCUGCACCUACACCCGCCACUCCUUUGCUCGUUCAGGCCCCAGCCCCGGCCCCUGUCAUCCGCCCUCGUGGCAGGCCACGGUCAAUUAUUCGAUCGCAGCCGAUGGUGCAAGUGCCUCUUGCUGCUUCACCUGCACCUGCGACUCCUUUGCUUGUUCAGGGCCCGGACCCUAUCGCCCACCUUGAAAAUCAACUGGCUUUAUUUCAGAGUCGCUUGAAUUAUUUUAAAGGUGUGGCUGCUAGGCGUGAAGAAUCAAAACAUUCAUCCACUGGGAGUACCAUUACUACUAUUAUUGCUGCUGAUAAGACUAAUGGAAAGAAGAAGGUUGAAGAGGAGGUUGAGGAGCUUGACUUAGAGCUUAGGCUUUAG